AUGGUGCACUUGUAUGGCUUCCUCGCCUUUCCGCCAACCUCACUAUGGGAUCUGCUGCGUCGUUUCCUUGGACGACCUGCUUGUCGAACAUACGCUACUCGGGAGAAUAUAAGCAUUCACCCAUCAACUCAUACGCCAACUCUACCAUGUUGUAUUCGAGAAGAGUCGCAAUCAGAUGGCGACACGCAAAUCGAUGUUGAGUCCACGUCAAUCAUGAACACGUCGAUGAUUUUAAGUCAACGCGACGCUGCUUCAUCAGGCUACUGA